CAACGUCUCCUGGAGACCAAAGAAGCCUGAUGUCACUCUGAAAGUUCCAGAAGCUCCAACUGACCAACUGACCAACAGGACUCAGUUUGACAGCCUGUUCAGAGACACUGAAGACGGAUCAUGACCCACCAGAAUUCACCUUCAGCUCCUCACAGCACUGUGGAGAGGAUCUCUUUAACCUACCUGCCUCCUGCUGUCUAUGGAUUUUUCUUCAGCCAAUCCGAAGAGCUCCAGGUGGCUCACCUGGUUCUCAGGGCGCUGUUUGGAGCAGUGAGCGGUGCAGUUCUCUUCCUGGGCGUCUCCCGCAGCCUCCCGCUGACCUUUGACCUGCAGCCGGCAGCAGCAGCUCUGUUUGUCGCUGUGUUCGCAGUGGGCGGAGCCUUCUCAGCUUCCUCCAGAUGUUCGGUCCUUCUGAUGUUUCCCAGCAUGCUCGGCUCUCGCGGACGUGCCUACCUGAUGCUGUUCAUACUGUCUGUGCUGUGCAGAGGACCACUUUCUAACAUCCAGCGUAACGUGGAGACGGCCGCUCUGUCUCUGAGCUGCAACCUGGAUCUGCAGGUUCAUCACAGCAGGAUGCUGUGGAGGGAGGCCGUCAGACCGGCCGUCGUCAUCACACAGCAGCUGAUGGAUGAUGAAGCAGAGUUUCAGUCGGAGGCUCUGAGCGUCAGCAGGACGUUUCAGACCAUCAGAGACGAGGUGGUCCUUCAGUACGGGUACGACCGCUUCAGACCCAAACAUGGCGCCGCUGCUAACAACACACAGGAGCAGUUCACCACCCAGACCAUGAUGCAGUGCGACAGUGUGGUGGAUGAAGGUGUGCAGAGAUGUGCUGAUUGGUUCAGGCUCAGGUGGGUGAAGUGUAUGGAGGCGAUCCCCGUCCCCGUCAUCAACCACAUCCUCUGCGUCUCCAUGAAGUUCCACUUCCUGUGUGAUGUCAUGAGAGUGAUGACUCCGUGGUGCAGAGAGCAGAUCCCUGUCGAGGGGAACUUCGGUCAGCUGUUCGAUCAGCUGAACCUGUCGGUGGACCAGCUGUCCAGAGAGUUCAGCACGCAGCUCAUCCUGGAGGAGCAGCAGCAGCAGGCGGUGUUGGGUGGAGCUCUGCUGGAUGGCGAGUUCACUCAGGCUGUUCGAGAUUCCUUCAGCAAAGUGACGGCGACCAUGAAACAGCUGCUGGACGUCCUGCAGCUGCUGCUCUCCUUCACAUUCAUCACCAUCUUCACCCAGGCGUUUGGGUACCUCAGACAGUACAGGAGGGACGUUCGAUUUGACAACAUCUACAUCACCACCUACUUCAGGCAGAUCGACGCCCGCAGGAGGCGAGCGGGGAAGCUGUGUCUGCUGCCGCUGAAACAACCAGAGAAGAAGAAGCUGAUCGAUCCCUGGAGUCCAGCAGUCCAUCUGGACGAGCUCCAGCAGGUGACCUCAGGUGUGUUCCAGCUGCUGUCUGUCUCUCUGCUGUCUGCCGUCCUGCUGACUGUCGACUUCUCUCUGUUCCAUGUGUUGGACAUCGUCAGCAGACACACCUUCACCCAGUUCAACCUGACCAGUAGUCACCAGGUGGACAUCAGAGUGGGUGGAGCCUCCAUGAUGGCCCGCCUCCUGAGGAAGACAGUUUCAGCCUUCAACAGCUCGUCCAGCCUCGACAUCCACACUGACAACCAGGUGUGUGUGUCUCCCCCCUCCUCCCUCUCUGCAGGUGUGUAUGUGAGCUGUGUGUGUGGCGUCCUGUUGGUGGCGCUCUUCAGCUGCCUGCAGGUUUACACCAACCGCCUCCGCCGAGUCAUCGCCGCCUUCUACCACCCACAGCGGGAGAAGAAGCGAGUCUUGUUUCUCUACAACCUUCAGCUCCAGAGACGGAUUUCCUCGGCUGACAGGAAACGCAUCAUCAUGCGGGGACGGAGAAGCAGAGCGGUGUUGGAGUGUUUGAGCAGGUGUGGGCGUCGCCUUUGUCGUCUUCAGCAACAGGAAGUGUGGAACUUCAAAGAGAUGUCCCCAGUUAGACCAGGACAGGAAGUUCCAGCUGCGUCUCACAGAUGAGUAGAAGAAGAAAAAGACGAAGACGCUGAGAUAAAGCUGCCGCCAUGUUUCAGCUCGUGAAGGUGAUGAGAUCAGUCAGACCAGGUGUGUUCGCUCAGGUGAGACAGCUGCUGCCUGUCAUGUCGCUUCAUCGUCAUCUGUUCAACUCAAAGGCCGAACUGCACGAGUCGUCUUCUCAUCCUGUUUAUUAGUUAAUAAAUCACAAACAAUUUUUA